GCCUCGCCAUCAGUUCAACGAUGGCCACGCUGGGGGACGUAUGUGCUGGCCUUGCUCAGCACAAAUCGACUUUACUUCGUGAAUUGUGCGAUACAAACUUAUUAGACGUGCUCGUAAAGAAAGGUCUGUUUAGCUUAAAUGAUCUAGAAUUGAUAAGCAGUGCGGCAGAUGCCGAUAAGUGUAAUUAUUUUAUUGAUAUUGUUGGUAAACACAGUGGUGGAAAGUUGCAGGAAUUGUGUUCGAUCUUAAAUAAGGAAUGCCCAAAGUUGACGAAGGAACUUCUAAAUGACAGACAGCGGUAUAUAAUUAAUGGAUUCAGUGUAAAUGGUGCCAAAGAUAACAUGGUGAUGAACCUCAACUUAAAUAGAGAAUCUCCCCGAUCGCGUCGCUCCGUGUCACAAUGCUCGUGCGCGAGCGCGUCGCGGCGCUCUUCCGCGGCGGCCUCGCCCAUGCCGCUGCCGCCUCUCAACAACACCAUGGAGAUGUACGUCGAGCCUGUCGUCGAAGACACGGCUGAGAGGAGUGCUGGCUGGGAGACACACAGGGUGCGCCUGAACAGGGUACCGGGCUAUGGGUUCGGUAUCGCGGUGUCGGGCGGCCGGGACAACCCGCACUUCGCUAGUGGCGACCCAUCCAUUGCGGUGUCCGACGUGCUGCGAGGCGGUCCCGCUGAAGAUAAACUACAAGUGAACGAUCGAAUAGUAUCGGUGAAUGGAGUGCCACUAGAGAAUGUGGAGUAUGCCCGAGCAGUACAGGUGCUGCGGGACUCCGGGGCUGCGGUGUCGCUGGUUGUGCGGAGACGAGCGCCCGCGCCGCCCCCCACUGCACCCACUACUAUUAAACUUUCACUCACCAGGAAUGGGAAGAAAGAAGAUUUCGGUAUCGUCUUAGGCUGCAAAUUAUACGUCAAAGAGCUAACAAUGCGAGCGAGAGAGCAACUCAAUCAAGCCGGUCAGGGUUUAUGCGAAGGAGACGUGGUGACUCGCAUCAACAAUACUCCAGUAACCGACGCUAUGACACUGAAAGAGGCACGGAAACUUCUGGAGUCUUGCAAAGAUCGCCUCAAUCUAGUCGUCACUAGGGAACUUAUACGUGAAGAGACAGUCACCAAUGGAAAUUAUCAGAAUAACUAUAAUAGUCUAGAGGCGUCGCCACUGUCGUACGGGGCGGAGUCGUUGUCGUACGGCAGCGGGCAGAAUGUGUACGUGGCGGCGCCGGUGCGGGGGGCGGAGCCUCGCCGUGCGGACACUGAUCAGCCGCCACGACCACCGCCUCCACGCAGUGAUGAUUACUACAGUAGCAGGAGACAGUUGUACGAAGAAGAUGGAAUGACAAAUCAGAGAAAUAAACCACCGAGCGAGCCGCGGCUGAUCAGUUUCCAGAAGGAGGGGUCUGUAGGUCUGCGGCUGUGCGGCGGCAACAGGUCGGGCGUGUUCGUGUGCGGCGUGCAGCCUGCCUCGCCCGCAGCACUGCAGGGUCUGCAGCCUGCUGAUAAAAUACUCAAGGUAAAUGAGAUGGAGAUGAAGGGUGUGACGCGGGAGGAGGCGGUGCUGUUCCUGCUGAGUCUGCAGGAACGUAUCGACCUCAUCGUGCAGCACGCGCCUCACGAGUACAACGCCGUCGCCAGCGGACAGACACCGGGCGACUCGUUCCACAUAAAGACUCAUUUCCACUACACGGAGGCGCGCGAGGGCGAGAUGUCAUUCCGCAGCGGGGAUGUGUUCCACGUUGUUGACACACUGCACAAUGGCACUGUCGGCGCAUGGCAGGUCUACAGGAUAGGUCGUAACAAUCAAGAAGUUCAAAAGGGAAUAAUCCCGAACAAGGCGCGGGCCGAGGAGCUCGCUACGGCACAGUUCAAUGCUACAAAGAAGGAAAUGUCUGGUAACGACGGCAAGAACUACUUCUUCAGAAGACGACGCUCCACACAUCGGAGAACUAAGAGUCUUGGAAAGGAGCAUUGGGACGAAGUGGUGCUAUCUGACAGCAUCAGCAAGUUCCCGGCGUACGAGCGCGUGUCUCUGCGUGCGGCCGGCUUCGUGCGCCCCGUCAUAGUGCUGGGCCCCGCCGCCGACAUCGCGCGGGACAGGCUGCUGGCUGAACAUCCUGACUCCUUCGCCACACCCAAAAUGGACAAUACAUUAGAAGAUAGCAAGACAAAGUCCACAGGUAUAAUCAGGCUGUCCAGCAUCCGCAGUAUAAUGGAGCGCGGGAAACAUGCCCUCAUCGACAUCACACCCAACGCAGUCGACAGACUUAACUACGCACAGUUCUAUCCCAUAGUCAUCUUCCUUAAGGCCGACAACAAACACGUCAUCAAGCAACUUAGAGCAGGACUGCCCAAAUCUGCGCACAAAUCAUCAAAGAAGCUUCUAGAGCAAUGUCAGCACAUGGAGCGUGUGUGGGGCCACGUGUUCACACACACCAUCACACUCAACGAGGCCAACCAGACCACGUGGUUCUCCAAGUUGGUCGAACUCAUACAGCGGACAGACCAACAGAAGUUCUGGGUCUCCGAGACCAAGAGGCCUGAGCCGCUGUCAGAUGACUUUUUGUUCUCAAUGUCGUCGAGUACGGAGAACAGAUUGUCUUACGCAUCUAGUCCGGAGAGUGACUUGGAAGUGAGUCCCCCUCCAGCGCCGAGAUUGGUCAAGUCAUCAUCUGACCCCUCGAUAGCCACUACACAAGACAACUUGGACAGAGACGACGAUAUCAACCACAUGGUCGAUGCUGUGCCUCCACCUUAUACGCAGGGUGGUUACGGAGACAGCAAAUAUGGUUUUUCUGCGAACGGCAAUGGUACUUCUAACAAUGGCCUAAGCCACGGUCAGAGUUCCCACAUGGGCCCCAACUCUGAGGCCCCGCCCUACCAGUGCAGCCCUAUGACAAAUUCUCCCCCGCACUCACCUUUAUACGGAACAGUACCAGAGUUACCGCCCCGAGGACCGGCCGCGCGCCCGACUGGCGGUGUCCUAUUGCCCGCCCCACCUCCUUCGCGCCCGCCUCACUCACUGAGGCACAACCCACAAAAUCGUCCGAGUGCGCAGGAGCGGCUGUUCGGCGCGGGCAAGGAGGGGCAGGAGGAGGCGACGUACGCAGCGCGCCCCGCCUCCAUGCACAUCCCACAAACACAGGGCUCGCUAGACAGGCAUCGACAUGGAUCUAACCCGCAAAAUUCAUACGAAGGCAGCGGGUACGAGUACGGCGUGUCGGGAGGCGCGGGGGGCUGCCGGUUGCCGCUGCCACCCAAUGCACCCGAUGACCUUAAAGUCGCACCACCUGGCAAAAUGGAGCCACCUCCUCCACCCAACCCGUCAGCAAUGUCGGCGCAGAGCCCGCAGCGCAACUCCAACUCACACGAACAUCCCUCGCUAGACUACAGACCCCCAGAGAGCAACUACAGAAGCAAUGACGGCUACAGAAACAACAGGCCCGCUAAUGGCGGCAGUCCGCACGCACAACAACCACAGCACGCACCGCAGCACAGUCAGCUUGCUGCGCAGCACGCGCAACAGCACAGUCAACUUGCUGCGCAGCAUGCACAACAGCACAGUCAGCUAGCACCGCAGCACGUACCACAACACAGUCAGCUAGCUCCGCAGCACGCAACACAGCAUAGUCAACUUGCUUCGCAGCAUCCGCAGCAUACACAGCAAGCGCCGCAGCACGCCCGCGGACCUUCACUGCCUAAUGUACCCACCAACGACCACGCAAAGUAUAGCGCCCGAACAAACUCAGCGUCUCAAGCGGACUACCAGCGCAGCUCGGGCCCCGCCUACAAGCCCGUGCCACCGCCCAAACCUAAGCAUUACCGCCCUCCUGAUGCCAUGCACCACAACAGAAAUGGGAGUAUGGAACCGGCGCAGUCAAUGGGUCCGAAUGGUCAGCAGCUGCGCGGCGCUGCGCCCCCGCACUAUUCCCACUCGCACUCGAUGUCGCAACCGCAUCAGCAGCAGCUGCCGCACCAGCAGCACCAGCAGCACCAGCUGCAGCACGGACAGCACCCGCAGCUGCCGCAACUGCCGCAGCAACAGCAUUCACAGCAGUCGCACCGGCCGCAUGGACAUCCUAACUACCAGCAAGGGAUGUACGGGGGUCAGGUGGGGGCGCAGUCUCCGCCGUACGCCGGCCCGCCGCCGCAUCGCGCACUCAAUCUGCCGCACAACCCACAGCUUAUAGAUCUAGCGGGUAGCCGAGAACAGCGUGGUUCAGCUUUCGAGUUGUAUAGAAAGCCGCAGCACAUGCACAACUUAAGCUCAUCGGAUGUGAUGAACUCCAGCGCGGAACCCGACGAAACGUUCUCGCCUAAAACUAAAAAGAAAUUGUCGAAAAAACCCUCGUUCAUUAAAAACGCGGUCCUAGAUUUGUUCCGUUCGAAAACGAAAAGCUCUCGAAAAGUUUCGAGACAGAAAUCGCUGUGCGAAAGUGACCUGCAGCAGAGCAAUAUGACUCAGAUGCCGAUAUUAAGGCGAGAGAAGUCGGACCUGAGCGACAUGAACAUCCACAUGAGAAACACUCAAAUACGAAAUCAAAUGCUACAGAGAAGCAAUUCUACCUCAUGCGAGAAACCCAUUCUCAAACCUAUUCUAAAACGACAAAGCUCAUUUUGUGACGACAGAAAUGGCUCUAUUUGUACAGUGAGAGAUUACGAGGCCAAACCGGUGUGGAAAAGUCUUAGAAGACAGAAUUCCAUGUGCGAAAUCGAAACCGAACCGAAAGUUACCCCAUUGUUACGCAGACAGAAUUCCCUUAUAGAAUAUAAUCGACGAGGGAUAUACGGACAGACGUCCAACUUUAACAUGAUUACCAAAAUAGAUCCCAUUUACCAAAGAGCGCAGCAAACGAAACACGAACCAUUUUAUCCUACUCAAUCCCUACCUCCAGAACCAAUCUACCAAAGCAAGGAACAUGUAGUAUACGAUCCUAUACCUAAGCCAAGGAGAACAUAUACCUCUGUUUACGAUACCUCCAGUGAAAACCCAUAUGCGAGUCGAUCGGAAAUUUCGAAUCAAAAUUUUGAAAAUCCUUACGGCAACCGUGACACGGUGGCGAUGCCAAUCAUUGACCCACCAUAUGCCUCCAGAACUGAAUGCAUCCGUGACAACCCAUACGCCACAAGGAGCGAUAUGGAAUGCACUUAUGGUACUAAACAUGACGUGACCAAACAAUCCGAUUCAUUUUACAGCGAGUCCCCGUAUUCUAGCAAGGAGCAAAUGUUAAGAUCUAGAUUGCCAUCUGAAAAUCCUUAUACUAGUAAAGAAGAAAUGUUAAGGCAAAGAUUUUCAGAAUCUCCGUAUAAUACUAAGGAAGAAAUGCUAAAGCAAAGAUUAGAAGGCUCUUUUGCUGCUAAAGAGUCAAUAUAUGGCAAAAGAACUUACGAACCUCCACCGAGCACUUCUUGGUCAGAAAAUUCUUACAACAUAAGACCAGAUAGGAGGUUACAGACGCCCGUUAACUAUCCCGGCCGCAUAUCGCCUAUGAGUAAAUGUAUGAGCGAACCUCCGUAUGCCACUAGAACAGAGAUGAUGGCAAGAAUUGGACAAACUGAAUCACCGUACGCAUCGCGGCCCGAAGUUAAAUCGAGCUGCUCCGAUAGUAAUUAUACAAGUCGACAAGAAAUGUGUGACACGACUUCCAUACGACCCGCUUCGGCGGAAUGCACAUACGUGUCUAAACAAGAAAUUUUAACUCAAAAAGCGGCCUUUCUUGCUAGCAAAGAAUCCAAUUAUGGAUCAAAAUUGGAAGAAAAACUUGAGAUAAUAAAACAGAGGAACCAAGCAAAGAAAGACAUGAUAUACCAAACUCGGAAAGAGGCAAACGAAAGUGACGCUAUGAAAGUAAGAGAGCCUUUGUAUGUUUCUAAAAGAGAAUUAAAAGAUACUGUUAUUUACGAAUCUCAUAAUGAGGCCAGAGAUGUUGCUCCAUCGCCAGCAAUAUCCCAGGGGAGUAGCACUAGGAGCAGCCCGUAUGAAUUAAGCGAUGCAAAUCAUUUGUCGCGCCGAGAACCGUUGUACCAAUCAAAGGCGGAAAUUCAAAGUUCUAAAGAUACCGAGGCAUUCCAAGAGAUCGACUUUUCAAAAUUAAGACUAACCGAAUCAAAAACGGACGCUGAAAAGGAAAAAUCAAAAGCAGAAAAUAUUUUGAAAGGGGAACCAAUCUAUACUCCCAGAUUGCACGGCAAAGACGAACACAUUUCUAAUGCUUUAAAAGCUACAUCUUCGCCGAUUCCAUACGAGUCUACAACAUCCAUGGAAACGCAAUAUGCAUCUGAAUGCAGUAUGAAUUUCGAAAACAAACCACAAAGUACGCCAUACACGUCGCAAGAUUUGCAAGAUAAGUCGAAAUCGAACAGAACUGUAACAUUUUGCGAAAGAAUCGCCGAAAAAAGUGCUGAAAAUAGUCAGGACACCUCCGAAAAUAUGUCUACAAGUCGAAAUGAAACGACUAUAAUUAAUAAUGAGAACACAGUAGUGCAAGCGUCAGUAUCAGAAGGAAACGAGUCGGGCAAUAAGUCUGGCGAAGUCGAGCCUGACGGACCUCAUACGACUUGGGGCAUUUUUGAUAGUGAAGGUGGUGUAUUAGAAGAUAGGCAAUGGGGUGUAUCUCUAAUUAUACCGCCAAAGGCGAUAGCUCCGGGCAUCAAGCAAAAGAUCUACUUUACGGUGUCAGACCCGCGAUUAAGCCAGCGCGUGGGGGGACCUCCCAUCGAUAUGGAUAACGGUGAAGCAAUGCUAUCCCCGCUAGUGAUGUGCGGUCCUCAAGGGCUUGUGUUCCUGAGGCCCGUAACACUCAGGCUGCCGCACUGCGCCAACGCGGUGCCCUCCUUGGGCCUUACUAUAAAGGCCACUGACACCGAGGCCCAUCUCAGCACCGACUGGGACCAAAUACACCUCCCCGCUACUACAACAUUGAAUACUGUCGCUGUUAAAGUCGACCAUUUCUAGUAAUACUUUCUUGUUCUGUUAUAAACGGUGGACGCCACUUUAAAACUUUACAUUGUUAUUUCUUCGUGAAAAGCAAAAUUUAUUGAAUUAUGUUAUGAAGUCAUUGAAUUAAAAAUGUGUGACUUGAAAACGACAAUAUCAUACAA